CAGAAACCUUUCAGCAACAACAGCAGAGGCUAUGGAAACUCAUUCUACCAGAAUCCACCACCACAGACUCAGGAAAGCAAGAUUGAAGCAAUGCUUGACAGAGUUCUGGAAGGACAUCAACAACUCACUGUGGAUUUCAAUGGGAAGAUAGAUUCCGCCUACAACAGUCUGAACACAAGCAUUGAGACCUUAGGGACUCAGGUUAGGAAUCUUGAAAUGCAAGUAGUUCAGACUGGAGACACUGUAAAGAGGCAAAAAGCCUUGGCUAGAGAGGCAGGAGUUGAGAAAGCAAAACACCAUCGACUGCGGAGUAGACAUCGAUCGACAUCAUCUGCUGAAUCGACUGCGGAGUGUAGUGCAGUUCGAAUCAUGACUCAUGAGGAAUUCGCAGAAAAACAUCCUCACCCACCCUCCCCUUUCUACGUCAAAAUCGAUCGACCGCAUGAGCCAGCAGUCGACCGACAAAAAGAGACCGACAUCGAUUGACCCCCUCACCUCCCAUCGAUCGACGGGCACCUCUCACCUUCUGAGUGCGGUUACCAUCUAUUGAUAAUGACCGAAUCAACGCAUUCAGACCACCACCUAAACCAUCAGCCAACCCACCAGAACUUACAACCAACCCUUCAGACACUACACCAAAGCCUAUGCAAGUUGAUGAGGCAACUGAAGGAAGAAGGUUAAGGAAGAGGAAGGAGAAGAUUCCUAAGAACCUUAAGAGGGAAGCUAAUGAGAAGGAGAUGGAUGGUUUCACUAAGAGAGUUCUCAGAAUCCCAGUGGAGAGAACCUUUUGAUGAAGUUUAUUUCACACACAGGUUGUGGAUGUUCUUCAGAGAGACUAAGGAAACUGAGGAGGACAUUAGGAGAAUGUUUCAUCAUGUCAGGGAAAAGAUGAAACUAAGGAUCACAUUGAAGAAGAAGAGUGAUCCUGGAAAGUUCGCAAUACCAUGUGUUGGGAAGGGUAUUGAAUUUCCCCAUCCACUUUGUGACACAGGAGCAUCAGUCAGCAUACUACCUAAGGUUAUGGCAGACCAGCUGGAUCUGAAAAUAGAGCCUUCAUCAGAUUCUUUCACCUUUGUGGAUCUUUCAGAAAGAAGCUCAGGAGGCAUCAUAAGAGACCUUGAAGUACAGAUUGGUAAUGCCCUUAUCCCAGUAGAUUUUCAUGUCCUGGACAUAAAGCUAAACUGGAACUCUUGACUUCUGCUUGGAAGAGCUUUCCUGGCUACAGUAGGAGCUGUAUGUGACAUGAACACCAACAGAUUGUGUCUGACACUGACAGAUCCAGACGUCUACUAUGACCCUGUUCGAGUUGUGAGACAACAGGUCAACCUCGUGGAGCUUGGAAAUGAUCUUGGCUACAUUGCAGCAUGCCAUUGUAGAGCAGAGUACGAAACGGAGUACUCGGAAUCGAUCGACACUCACAUUGUUUCAUCAAUCGAUUCCAAUGAGUCACCGACGACCGAUGAACGCUAUCCCACGUCGCUCGAUGGGAAGCAACCGGUAGACCACCUCGCGUUACCAGAUCAGUGUUAUCCAGACUUUGCCUUUAAACAACCCAACAACAGAGGACGAGAUGACUAUUCAAUAGGCAGUUGGGCAGACAGUGGAUUCCAUGAAAGUUUUGGAGUGGAUACUGUAAAUCCUUCAUCCAAUGAGGAUCCUACAGAGGAGUAUGAUGAGGAUUACCGGAAGGAAAGAGCUAUAGAGAUUGCUAUGCAGGAUGACAGAUAUUCAGGCCAUUCCUUCAACAACACGUCUCCACCAUCGAUCGACAGAUUUCACUCAGCAUCGGUCGAUACCCACCCUCAUCCAGCAAAACGUUCUUAUGCAUCGAUCGAUACCAUACCUGGUCCAUCGAACGAUAUUAAAGCCACCGCCUUUGAAAAGGAAAAAGGGAAUAUUCCAAUUCCAAGUAGGUUUACCAAUACUUAUAUAAGGAGUUUUGCACCCCAGAUUACUUCUCACGACACCGAAGCAGAAAAGAUAAAUGCUCUCACAAACCAAUCAGAAGGAACAUCUAGGAGGAGCAUUCAAUCCAAAAACCCUAAUUCCACAGACAAACGUCUACCUUUGAUCGAUACUCCAGUAUCAACAUCGAUCGAUACUCAUUCUAAACCUCAACUUUCUUUAUUUACUAAGAAGAAUAUGAGUAUGGAUUACGGUUUUCUAACUCCUGAUGAAUUUGGUAUUUUCAGGGACCCAGAUGGCCAUGCUAGAGCUAUGGAUGGAAGAAUUCUAAAAGUAUCCAGGGAGGACAUAUCAGACAUUCUUUAGGUGGCCAAUGGACCAGAUAACUUGUUUAUGUAGCAACACAGCAUUCUAGACAACAUUCCCACAGUUCCAGACGAACAUCCAGGGCUAACACAACAGCAAUUGGUUCACACUAAUCAUACCGACCAGUUGGCCACGCAUCGAUCGACAAGGUUGCUCCAACAUCGUUCGACAGGGUAACACCAAUGUGGUCGACAAGAGACCCUCACCAUCGAUCGACAGACGUUACGAGUUUGGACAUCGCGCUUAUGACAUCUAUGGAGCCAGAAAGUUCAGAUGGGAACAUAAGGACGAAUAUGGAGUCUACAGAGAUGAGUUUGGAUAUGCAAGGAGCGUAGCUGGUGAGAUGAUCCCUGUUACCAAGGAAAACAUCAGAAAAAUUCUGGAGAGCGCAUCACUAUACGAAGAGACUCACAUAUGUCUUCCAGAACAAGCCACUUCUUUCACACCUACAAGACUGGCACCAGAGAUCUACACCAAAGAUGAGAUUAAUGAGAUGGUGACUGGUAUUUUGGGAGCUCAAGAAAGUCUAGGAGAUGAACUCAAGACAUUGGUAGAUGACACCUAUCAGCCUUUGGACAGAGGUUACAAUGAGCUUUUCAGAAGUAUGGCAGAUAUGAGGACAAAGAUUGAGAGUAUGCAGCACAGCCUUGAGAAGGAAGCUACGACAUCACCAUCGAUCGACGCCUACAAAGCAACAUCUUCGAUGUCAAGCCACAGACAUCCCAAAUCCCUGCAGAACCGCAAAGUUUGGCAGAGAAUAAGGAUGAAUGGGAGAUCGCAUUAAUGACGUCUACAACCCUCUCAACAACAACGUGGACUGGUUAAGCAUGAGAAUUGAUCUGCUACAGCAAGAUUUGGACACCAUUCGCAAGAAGGAUCAACAACCAGCCACAUCGAUCGAUAUUUGCACCAUCACAUCGAUCGACAGCAAGUUCGCAGCAAUGGAAGAUAAGUUACAAUCUUAUGAGGAUAUGCACGACCGUUUCACCUCACCUAUCAUGCGAUACUUGGACACCUUGUCUACACAUAUGAUGAAAGUCCAGAAGGAUAUUGGCAAGCUUAAUGAUCAACAUGAUUUUCAGGAAGAAGGUCAAACAUCGAUCGAUAGGUUCCAGUGGACAUCGGUCGACGGCAAGAAACCUACAGAACACCUUCCCUACACAGCAUCAGAAGUUGAUCAGAUCACAUCAAAGCUUUACACUGCUAUAGACACCAUGGAGGAACGACUUGAGAAGCGGUGUGAUGACAUCUACUUUCCAUUCGACGUUCGACUCGGUUGACUAGAUAGCCAAGCAUAGUGGCUACAGAAGGAAGUCAAAGCCAUUCAAAGGCAACUCGCAUCUCAACACCAGAUAUCAGCAUCGAUCGACAGAGCACGCUCCAAAUCGAUCGACAGUACUGCACCAGCAACGAUCGAUAGACAUAUAGUCGCAUCGACCGAUACCAAGUCUACAUCAGACGACGAGCAGCUGAUACACAACAAGAUGGAGUCAAUGCACGAGGAACUGAACGAGCUAUCAGCAUACGCCUACGACAAGAUAGGAUGGCAUCAGUUCAACAUUGAAACUCUUCAGGAGAGGCUACAGAACAUCUCAAAUGCAAUACAAAAGAUGGAUGAGAGAUGGACCAGAAACGAUGAGGCCAAAAGAAGUUUCAUUGCAGCUUGGUCCAAAAUGUGCAGAGAUGAGGUGGAUGCUUGUUUCCCAACAAGUAGCUGUCUUUCCACCAACUAGCCCAACACCUCCACAGUCAAGCUAAAUGAUUAUAACAAAGCGCUGAGUGGGAGACAACCCACUAUUAGGUAAUUUUAAUUGGUUUUCUUAGUUACUAGUAUUUACACUCACUUUUCAUUCUUUUAGAUUUAUUUGCUAAGAUCCAGGUAGGAUGAUGACCACCAUAUCGACCGCAUACGAGAUGUCGACAUCGAUCGACAUGCUGACUCCUGCGACAAUCGAUGCAUACCAAUGCACAUCGAUCGAUUCCCACUCCGGUCAGGUUUAUCUUCCUAACUUGUUACAUUGAGUACUUAUGAUUUAUUUCCACCAUAACUCUGACUGUGUUACACUGGGACAGUGUAAUUUAAGUCUGGGGGGAGGUUUACUGACAUUAUUUAAUAUGAUUCUUAUUAAAAGAAUUUUAAUAAAGUUAUACUUAGCUAUGAGAAAUGGACUAUGAUCUUAUUAUUGAUUUAUACUUGAAUGUCUAACCACUCUUUAGCACUAUUUUAGAUUUACUGAUUACAGAUAGUACUAAAGAUGCUAAAGUGGAUCAACCUGUCAACUAUACACACUUGCCUUGAUUGUUUGAAGGAACCAAAGCUGACCUCCAACACUAAACCUGACAUAAUUGCUUGUCUUGGGGCUUGGUAUACAUGGGAUCGAAUUCUUCAGACAAGUCUAGAAGGUUUGUUUUGCUGGCAAGUGAUGGUCGUAUAACAUGAGAAUAGCUAUUUCUGAGUCCAAGAAAAAAGAAGCCAGAAGAUAAAUAGCGAAGCUACCGAAGCAGCCGCAGAAAGAAACUCAAAGGCUGAUGAAGAAAAAUUAUUCACUGUCACAGUGAAGCAAAAUCAUUCACUGAAGAGCUACGAAAGUCUCAAGAAGAAGCAGAGCAAGCAAAGGCUGGGGCAAGUACGAUGGAGACCAUUUUAUUUGCAACUUAGGAAUAAACUAAGGCUGCUAAGGGUUCAGAGAGGUUGGCAUUAGCCGCCGUCUGCUUAGCUAGCGUGCUCAUGAUUCUGAAGAAGAAUCCAAUACAAUGGUUGCAACAGUUGUUCUGAGAUCGAGGAAGCUACAGAAAUAGACAAGGUAAACUUGGAGAGGAAGAAGCAAAAAACACUUGCAGAAGAAAUUGAGAAGGCUAAAGAAGAAGAGUUAGGCGUAGAAGAAGAGUUAGGCGUAGAACAAGAGUUGAGAAAAUGGAAAGAAGAAUUUAUGGAAGAAGAAUAUAACGGUCAAAGGCGAAGAAACUGAGUCUAAUGGAACUGAAUAAACCCAAUCUCACAAGUAAAUCCUAGAAAAAGGUCACAUAAGUGAGUCUGAUGUGAAGAAGUUGAUUAUGUAAGAUCUGUUUUAUAAAUGUGUAUGUCUACGUUAUAAUAGAAGAACUAGAUUUUGACCCGCGCUUUCAAAGCGCGGAUUUAUUUUCCUCUUAAAAUUUUUAUAAAAUUUGGAAAAUUUCGUGACA